GGCGCAUGCGUACUACCUGCACCCGGCAGUGAAAGGUUUGCGCAGGCGGAAGUGUCGGCUGUCAGAUCUCGGAGACUUCGCCGGGUACCGGCAAUUUUAGGGGGGGGUCUCAUUUCUUGUCAUGGUCAGGCCUCGGACCGCAGGAGCCGCCACGGCGGCGGAGCAGAGUACCGACAGCGGCCUGAAGGAGGAGGAGGCGAAACUGAUCCAAGGGAAGGCGCAGUCGGAAGGGGGCUCGGCCCGCGCCUCGCUCCUCAUCCUGGUCUCCAUCUUCCUCUCCGCUGCCUUCAUCAUGUUCCUGGUCUACAAGCAUUUCCCGCAGCUCAGCGAAGAAGAGAGAGAGACGAUAAAGAUCCCGCGGGACAUGGACGACGCCAAGGCGCUGGGGAAGGUGCUCUCCAAGUACAAGGACACCUUCUACGUGGAGGUGUUGGUGGCGUACUUCACCACCUACGUCUUUCUGCAGACGUUCGCUAUCCCGGGCUCCAUAUUCCUGAGCAUCCUCUCCGGAUUCCUCUACCCCUUCCCCCUGGCCCUGUUUCUGGUCUGUCUGUGCUCUGGUCUGGGCGCCUCCUUCUGCUACCUCCUGUCUUACCAAGUUGGGCGGCCGGUGGUUUACAAGUAUCUGACGGAGAAGGCGGUGAAAUGGUCGCAGCAGGUGGAGCGGCAUCGGGAUCAUCUCAUCAAUUAUAUCAUCUUCCUGCGGAUAACACCGUUCCUGCCAAACUGGUUCAUCAACAUCACGUCCCCCAUUAUCAACGUCCCCCUCAAAGUCUUCUUCCUGGGAACAUUUCUAGGUGUGGCUCCUCCCUCCUUUGUCGCUAUUAAAGCGGGCACGACGCUCUACCAGCUGACCACGGCGGGGGAGGCGGUGUCCUGGAACUCUGUCAUCGUCCUCAUGGUCCUCGCCGUUCUCUCCAUCCUUCCAGCCAUUUUUCAAAACAAACUUAAAAAGAAAUUUGAGUGAUUUUCCCCCCUCUGGAUUCGCCGGCCGCCAUCUCAGGACGCUGUGGGAGGAGUCGAGGAACAUGAUCUCAUUUUACGGACUUGCGGACCUUUUAAAGUAAAUGGAUUUAUUUUGAGAACCGUUUUCCUCUCUGCGGCGCCCCCUCCUGUCUGAGGUUCACAGCGCGGGCCCUGGCUGUGACGUGGGGGGAGGGGAUGGACACGGCGUCUAAUCAUUUUCUGAUUUUAAGAUGACGGAGUGUUAAUAUUUGGGGCUGGAUCGGGAAGCGCUCGCCCAGAAACGGAGGCGCGAUCCUGCUCUGCAUCCCAUAGGGUGUGUAUUAUAUGGUGGUGCUGACCUGAGUGUAAGCUCUGCAGCCUAAUGCCAUCUGCCCCCUGUGCUCACUGGGACCUGGCAGCCAUUGUUCCUUGAACAUCCAUGGGGCGGCCAAUUCUGCAGCUCGGAUGGCGACUGCCUGGAGGAAAGCGCUCUGAAGCUGCGCCGUGAUAAUUAAAGGGACCCUGCGCAGGAAGAUCAGGGCUUGGUGGUAUGCCCCCUCCCCCACCCCCGUUACCGGCUCUCACUGCGGCGCCCCCUAGUGGAGUCUUCUGAUACAUGCAGAGGUGAUGCCCCCCAUAGUUAGCACUUCAGUGCCGCAUUGUAUCUCCCCCCCCGUGCCGCCAUGUUGGUAUUGGAUCCAUCAGUGUUCACACAAAGUCUCAUCCUUUCAUUUAC